AUGGCUCACCACGUACUGUUGUGCGCAUGCGCGCUGCUGGGCGCGGCCAGUGCGGGCUACCUGGGCUCUCCCGCCGUCUCCUACUCGGCGGCUCCCGCCCUGCGAGGCGGCCUGCCUUACAACGCCGGACUCGGAUUCACAGGUAACGUGCGCUCAAGCUCAGCAUAUUUUGCUACAAGCCAGGCCACCGGCUACUCUAGCGUCGCCCCCGGUACCGCCGGCCUGGGACGCCUGGGUGCGUCCUCCGCCGAGGCCGUCGACGCCUACUACGACCCCAACCCGCAGUACAGCUUCAGCUACAGCGUCAGCGACGCCCUGACCGGCGACGCCGAGCAGCAGCAGGAGAGCCGCAGCGGCGACGUGGUGGAGGGCAGCUACAGCCUGGUCGAGCCCGACGGCAGCGUCCGCACUGUCCAGUACACUGCCGCCCCUGAAGCCGGUUUUAACGCCGUCGUCUCCUAG